AUGAUCAAUGGGGAGGACACUCGAGAGGAAUCCUCGAGAGUCGCCUCUCUAGAGGGAAUCGGCGGGGAUGCCUCUCCGGUCUCAUCGUUGCAUUACUCAUCCUGUGGUGAAUCGGAGUUUGAGCGGUACUGUAGUGCGAAUUCGGCUAUGGGAACGCCGAGUAUGUGCAGCUCCACAGGACCAUUUCACGAUUCGUUGGAAUCUGAAUUCGGCUCUUUCAAAGGAAGUUUUUUGUCUGGGGAUGCCACUGAGUUCGAGAAUUUUAGCUUGGGACCAAGUUUAAUAAAGCUCUCCUCUUUGGAUAAGACACGGUUAGGUGGUAUCACGAACGGGUAUUACGAUGAGAGAGGUAGUGGUGCAGGAGAGACAAGCACUGGGAAAGUGAACAAUGAUAUGAUCAGAGAAACUGGAUUCAGUGCUAAGGUUUGUGAUGAUGGUUUGAUGGGUACUAAGGUUUGUGAUGGUGCUGCAAAUGGAAAUGAUUCGAUGAAUCAGUUGAGUGAUGUGGAUGAUGAGGAUUCUGAUGGUGAUGAUUCACUUCCAGAUACAGGUGAUCAUUCUCGCAGAAAUUUAUGUUUUCCACGGAGUUUAGAGUCUGAAGCUGAGAACGAUAAUCCGUUUCUAAUCAAUUCGUCCACUGCCUUUGGUACAAAUGAUUGGGAUGAGUUUGAGCUUGAAGCCACAGAACUUGUUGACACUCAGUUUGACUUCAGUGGAUUUGGGGAACGUGGAAAAGAGUGUACUGAAAGUGAAGGGACAUCUACAAGAACAUUUUCUGCAGUUUUACAAAAGGUUCCAGAUGCAGCUCAAGCAGGAACAAGGCAAGAACAGAUAAACGUAACUGUAAGCACUAGGCAUGCUCCAGAUGUAGGUGACUUCUCUGCAGAUGUUGAAGAUAUAGUAAGAUCUAGAGAUUUAUCUGUUUUGACUCAAAGGGAGAAAGGUGGCAUUGCAAGAGACAGCAUAAGUGUCAGAGGUUCUGGAGAUUUGAGCACUGAAGUCAAAACCUUGGUGGUUCCUCAAUCACUAGUAAAAGAAGAAUCUAUUCGAGAUAGCUGCCUUAGCAAAAAUGAAACUGGAGAUAAACCUGUAGUCAUGAAUUAUCUUCAAUCUUGUGGUGCUGAUGAUGUCCUGGAUAGCACACCAAUUGAGUUAGGAAACGUAGAUUCUUCAGGCGGGGUUCACGACCUAGAUGGGCAAGUUCAUGAAUCAUUUGAGAAUGCAAAACAGUCAGAUCCAUAUGGAGACACCUCAGAAUCGUUGUUAGCAUCUUGUAACUCUGAUAAGCCGUCAUGUAGAGAUUUUCAUCCUGCAAUAGAUGCCUUGCAAGUUACUUACUCCCAACCUAAGAAGGAGAACACAGAACUUAACGACUUCUACGAUGAUUUUGUUCAUGAUAUGGAAGAAAUCCUGCUCGACUCUGGUGAAUCAUCUGGGGCAAGGUAUUCUAAGAGUGACAAGAUGUUCCAACUACAGCUCUCUCUGCCUAACAGGGAUGGGGGACAAACUGCCACAACGUCUGGCCUGGAUGAUUCAUCUCCAAUAGUUUCCCAGCGGUUUAGGAUUGAUAGGGUUGAAGUUGUCGGGGUAAAGCAAAAGAAAGGCGAUGUCUCGCUGAGUGAGAGACUGGUUGGGGUGAAGGAAUACACAGUUUAUGUCAUAAGGGUUUGGAGUGGAAUGGACAAUUGGGAAAUUGAAAGAAGAUAUCGUGACUUCUAUAGUCUCUACCGUCGUCUGACAUCUUUAUUUGCUGAUCAAGGCUGGACGCUUCCUACACCUUGGGCCUCUGUGGAAAAAGAAUCCCGGAAAGUAUUUGGAACAUCGAUCAGUGCCGUUUCUGAGAGGACUGUCCUUAUUGAAGAUUGUUUAAAUUCAGUUCUCCAGUCUCGAUUCUUCCCCGCACUUCCAAAUGCUCUACUUCGGUUUUUGUCCCCUCAAGAUGCAAGUUCUUCUGGGUCGGAUUCUAUAUUCUCUCCAACAGGCUCUGCUGGCAAUACCUUUGCUGCAACCAAUUCUUCAUAUGGGAAUACCAUCUCGCUCAUUGUUGAUAUUCGGCCUCACAAAUCAGUGAAGCAGUUGCUAGAAGCUCAGCAUUACAUUUGCGCUGGAUGUCACAUAUACUUUGAUGAUGGAGCCACUCUUGUGCGGGACUUUGUGAAAGCCCUUGGAUGGGGUAAGACGCGGCUUUGCGAAUAUACUGGUCAGUUGUUUUGUUCAACCUGCCAUACAAAUGACAUGGCAGUCCUGCCAGCGAGAGUGUUACAUCACUGGGAUUUUAAUCGUUAUCCAGUUUCUCAGCUGGCAAAAUCAUAUCUGGACUCCAUCCACGAGCAGCCUAUGCUUUGUGUCAGUGCGGUCAAUCCUUUUCUGUCCUCGAAGGUCCCUGCACUGAACCAUAUUAUGAGCAUCCGGAAAAGGAUAACCAUGAUGAUUCCUUAUGUACGCUGCCCAUUCCGCAAGACACUCAACAGAGGACUCAGUUCUCGGAGAUACGUUCUUGAGAGCACUGAUUUUUUUGCUUUGAGAGAUCUAAUUGAUCUUUCUAAAGGGCCAUUUGCAGCACUUCCUGCAAUCGUGGAGACCGUUAGGAGGAAAAUCCUGGAGCAUAUUACAGAACAGUGCCUUGUUUGUUGUGACGUAGGGAUUCCCUGUAAUGCCAGACAAGCUUGUGACGACACAUCCUCUUUAAUAUUUCCGUUCCAGGAAGAUGAGGUUAAGAAAUGCCGGUCUUGUGGUUCGGUUUUCCACAAGAGAUGCUUCUCAAGACUCUCAAACUGCCAUUGCGGAGCUCAACUAAACCCGAAGAAAAGCUCUGCGGAGCUGCAAGUGUCGGAGAAGAAAGCAGAUUCUGUGUCUGUCUUGCCUCUACGAUUCCUGUCGGGUUUGUUUGGAAAGACGAAGAAAGACAAAGAAACCACUAUUCUAAUGGGUUCGCUUCAAACCAAUGAUCUGUAG